CACAGGGAGAAGACUCUUAAUGCUAGGCUGUUAUUAGUUUGAACUUUCAACCUGUGGAAUUAAAGUACAUGCAUAUGGUUAUAUUUGCUACUUAAUGGUGCAAGUUUCUAGGCUUCUUUCUUGUCUACACAGAGUGGAGAGUCCUCAGCUUCGGCUAUGUCUAAGAAGAACCAAAUCAUGGCCAGAAGCCGAAUGCCCUCUAUGUUUGGUAUGUUGUUGUCUUUCUGCAGUUUCUUGUUUAUAACACAUAAUAAUAGUUUGGUGGCUAUCUCUGUUGAGGUAGCAUCUUCUUAUGAGCCCACAGAUAUCUUAAUCCUAGAUUGUUCCUCAUCUGAUAUACCAUUCCUUAUAGAAAGAGAUGAUAUCGGUUCCUUUCACGUUCCUAGAACUAAUUUCUCUGUCGUCUCGAAAUAUUAUGCCUUGGCACCUGUUUAUCGUCAAAAACCGCAACUUUGCAUCCACAAAAAACCAUUCACAUAUACCUUUCUUGUAUCUUCAGGUCCCAAGUUCAUUCGACUUCAUUUCAAUCCAUUCUCAUUUUCAGGCUUUCAUAUGUCCAAAGCAUUGUUCUCUGUCAGUGCUGCUCACUUCACUCUUCUUAAAACAUCCAAUGCUUCAUAUUCUAAACUUCAGUUACAUGAUAGUUACACUGUGAAGGAAUUUUGUAUCAAUGUCGAUGAUGGGGUGCUAAAUGUAACAUUCACCCCAUCACCGGAUGUUUCUGAUGCAUUCGCAUUUGUGAACAAGAUUGAGGUUAUCUCGAUGCCUUCAAAUCUUUACAUCCAACAAGCUGUUUCGCUGCCCUUGAUUGGACAAGCUUCUUCGUAUUAUAUCAAGAAUUCGAAAGCGCUUGAGAUGAUGCACCGAUUGAACAUAGGUGGAGAGUUCAUUCCUGCACUGGAAGAUACUGGCAUGUUUCGCGAAUGGAUACCCGAUGCAAGUUUUUUGACAACUGAUGGAAGUAACUCGGGUAUCGUCAUCUCAGAUGUUCAAAUAAAGCAAAGUUCCAGAAUACCAGCAUAUGUUGGUCCUAAGCAAGUUUAUGCUACCGCCAGGACAGUCUUUGCUGAUGGAAGUAAUCAAAGUAGAGCUACAUGGUUACUGCCUGUUGACUCUGGUUUUUAUUACCUUGUUAGACUCCAUUUUUGUGAGAUCUCAAAUGAGGCUAAGGGUGUUGGUUACAGAGUUUUCCAUGUCUAUAUUAAGGAUCAAACUGCUGAAGAUCAGGCAGAUAUAUUUCUCUGGAGCCAUGGCGCAGGUAUUCCGGUUUAUAGAGAUUACAUAGUAAAUUUUUCAGAACAUACCAAAAGGAGAAAAAAUCUGUCACUUUUAAUACGUAAUGGAAAUGGUUCAAUCAGGACAUUCAAGCCAGCGAUCUUAAACGGGUUAGAAAUUUUCAAGUUGUCCGAUUCCAACAACAGUCUUGCCGGACCAUUUUCAUUUGGAAUGGGAAAGUACUCAAAUCCAUGGAGAAAAGAAGGUGCAAGUUAUAAAGCUCUCAAAAUUUGCGUCCAAAUCAUGAGUUGCAUUCUUUUAUUAUUUUGUCUACCUACUCUUUGGCAAAUAGUAGCUGCAAUUGAUUGGAAAGGGCAGAGAAAAGCUUUCAUGAAGUCUCAAUCAUCUGACCAUUGCCAGAACUUUACAUUUGAUGAGGUAAAGCUAGCCACCAACAACUUCUCUGAUGCUUUACUUCUUGGAGCUGGAGGUUAUGGGAAAGUUUACAAGGGAUCCAUUAAUGGUGGCACCAAUCUUGUUGCAAUAAAACGAGCCAAUCCAUGUUCUCACCAAGGACUAAAUGAGUUCCAGACAGAAAUUUUUCUGCUAUCACAGCUCCGUCACAGCCACGUAGUCUCUUUGAUCGGAUGCUGCAAGGAAAGAAAAGAAAUGAUACUCGUUUACGAUUAUAUGGCGAACGGCACCUUACGUGAUCAUCUAUACAAGAUGAAGAAGCCUCCACUUUCCUGGACGCGAAGGCUCACAAUCUGUAUUGGUGCAGCUCGAGGGUUGCAUUACCUUCAUACAGGUUCGAAGCAUAGCAUUAUACACCGUGAUGUGAAGAGUACUAAUAUCCUGUUAGAUCAGAAUUGGGUGGCCAAGAUUUCAGAUUUUGGACUAUCAAAAAUUGGCCCCAACAUGCUAACCCAGUCGAACACGCAUGUUACUACACUGGUGAAGGGAAGCUUUGGGUACUUGGAUCCAGAGUAUUACAAGCGUCAGAAAUUAACUGAGAAAUCAGAUGUGUACUCCUUUGGGGUAGUGUUGUUUGAGGUAUUGUCUGCCAGACCUGCUGUUCUACAACUGACAGAAAACAUGGAGGAAGAGCAGGAGAAGGUAAAUUUGGCUGAGUGGGUCAUGCAUUGUUACCAAUCAGGGAGGGUUGAUCAAAUCAUUGGCCCGUAUCUACAAGGAAAAAUAGAUCCAACAAGUCUGAGAACAUUCACAGACAUAGCAAGGAAAUGUUUGGGUGAGAAGGGCAGUGAAAGGCCAACGAUGGGUGAGGUGUUGUGGAAUUUGGAGCAGGCAUGGCUGCAGCAGCAGGAGAGUGAUUGUUUCCAAAAUGAUGGCAACUACGGCGUAGCUGACAGGACAACAGCUAAUGGAUUAUCUGUAAUCGUAGACGUUGAUGGAGUACCUCUGCAUGGUGCUUCAGAUCCCACCCCAGGAGUAGAGUUCUCCGAGAUCAUAGCCCCGAUCGGGCGCUGAAGAAUCCCAAGGUUUCGGCAGUAAGGUCUGAAUUGUCUUCCUAGUCCUAGGACUUGAUUAGUAAACUAAUGGCCUUUAGAUUCAGUGGAACUUCAAUUACAAGUGACAAUUCAACAGAGGAGGCUAGUGAAUGCAUUGAUACUUAAUAUUUAAAUAAUUAAAAUUUAAAAUUUUAUGAAAGAACAAAUAACAUUAUUUAAAA